AUGAGGAAACCCUCUUCGCACCUGCGAGCUAUUUUUCUUACUCAGGCCGACCAUGAGUAUCAGAGUCCUAGCGAGGUUGACUGCUCUAUUCGAGAAUCUCUCAUCACUGCUUACCACACCAAGCUCCUCGAUUGCAGUCCUGCGCAUAGUUGGGCUGGGGAUGCGCACCUGAGAAGUGUCCCGUAUCCAAUUCUCGUCACCGAGGUACAUCUCCAGCGCUUGAAGGAGCUCAACGAUGCAUUGUUUCUGGCCAUCACCGACAUUGUGGAGAGAUGGUGGACAGAUACUGCGGUUGGGUUCCCUCAGCGCAUGCCGAUUGAGCCGGCAGAGGAGGAAUUACUGCGUUGGUUGCAAAAUCAGGAUCCGGAUAUCGUACGGCCGUUUCGCACAUGCUCCGGAUCUUGGAGACCUGAUUUUUUGCUGGAGCAAUCGCCAGAAACUCCCAAGGAUAUGGAAAACUACCGAAUCUGUGAGAUCAAUGGCCGGUUUUGUUGGAACGGGUUUCUCAUGACCGCAUACGGACAGCGAGCACUUGACGAAAUGGGCAUUGAUAGUUACGGACUUGAAGGGGCGGCGGAAUCACAAAAGAUUCUCGAAGGUCUCAGUCGCCUCUACAAUGCCAGCCUCCCUCUGCAUCUUGUCAAAGGCGAAGAGCGCGGAUAUGAUAUCCAUCUAUUCACCUCAUUCGCCAAGCGAAUUCUGGGGUUUUGUCCUCGAAUCAUCCAUCCCAGCGACCUACGAUUAGUUCCUUGCCCAGAAGCCCCUGGUGGAUUCAAGCUGUAUUGUUUGGCGGGGUCCGAUACACCAGAAUUGACCGUCGUCAACGAGGCUGGGGAAACGCUUGAACAGGUCCAUCAGUUGGGACUAGAACUGCACCAGCGGGAGCUCCUUGCCAUGAGCUUCGAGAUGCUGCAGCAAGUUAGUCUACGCUGCUUUAAUGACAUGCGCACUAUUCUUUUGGUUCAUGACAAAAGAAUGCUAGGCCUUGUACGCGAAGAAUUGGACUCGCUGGUUGCACGCAAUGUGCUCACCCCUGCACAGGCAACUAGCCUGGAUCGUGGACUGGUUCCUACGCUAAUUCCAGGCUCAAGGAGCUUGAAUCAAUUCAUCGAGAAGUGCAAUCAAGACGAUAGCCUCAAGGACCAAUAUCUUCUCAAACCGAUUCGCAGUGGAAAAGGGGCGGGUAUUCUUUUUGGAGAUGAAGUCGCAUCGGCUGACUGGACCUCCCUUCUAAAUCGCAUGCAGGAGCCCGAACUGGAUAGGAAUGGUCCGACGUACGUUGUCCAAAACAGGAUUGAACAAAAGACCUAUGAGGUACUUUUGCGUGAAGAAGAUGGCGUCCAGAAGUAUCCCCUGAUUGGCACCUUUCAUGUCGUACAUGGGACUUUGCUUGGAUUAGGGCUCUGGCGCAGUGGGCCAGGUCGGAUUUGUGCUUUGAGCCGGGGAGGAGCCUGGAUGUGUUCAGUUAGAAAGAGUUCGUCGACAUUUUGA